AUGGGGGGCCAAUCUGCGUCUGAAGCCAUUUUUAUUGCUGUCAACCACAACAUCACUCUAGUAGGGAAACUGUGGCUGCUCAUUAUGGUGUUUCUGCGCAUUUUCAUCCUCAUCUUCGCUGGAUACCCACUCUAUCAGGAUGAGCAGGAGCGAUUUGUGUGCAACACCAUUCAGCCAGGCUGUUCAAAUGUGUGUUACGAUCUAUUCGCUCCCCUUUCCCUCUUCCGCUUCUGGUUGCUUCAGCUCACCAUCCUCUGCCUGCCAUAUUUGACGUUCGUUACCUACAUCAUUCACAAAGUGCUGUCAGAUAUCGCUGUUUUCUCUGACGCGUCACACAAGAUGAAAGCCAGGUCUCUCAUUGGAAUCCAGCAGGGAUCUCUCCAGAAAGGAGCCCUAAGCAAGGCACGUCACAUCCAGGCAGAGCUCAGCACGUUGAGGACCUUCACUGGAGCUUACAUCACCCAGCUGCUCCUCCGGAUUCUUUUCGAGGCUGGCUUUGGGGCGGCUAACUACUAUCUAUUUGGCUUCUACAUCCCCAAGCGCUUCCUGUGCCAGCAAUCACCUUGUACAACUACAGUAGACUGCUAUGUCUCCAGACCCACAGAGAAAACUGUUAUGCUGAACUUCAUGUUAGGGACGGCCGGCCUUUCCCUUCUUCUCAACGGGUUGGACAUGAUCUGUGCCAUCAAGCGCUCCGUGAGGCAGAAGUCCAAGAGGAAGAUGCUGGUGCGGAAUAUGUACGAGGAGGAACAGUUCUACCUCUCCCCUGGAGGGAGCCAGGGAGCCAUCGAUGCCAACGUUUCCGCAGUGGAGGAGAUGGUGGCCUCAGUAGCAAGCGGAAGUUUCCGGAAGAGAGGGAUGAGUAAGUCCAGCAGGGCCGAUCUGGAGGACGCUCCGUGUGGUCGAGGGACACCUCUUGUCCCGGGGAUGCUGGGUCCUACAAACGCUCACAGUGAGAAUAAUGUCUAUCCAAUCCCGGCUCUGGAGGAAUGCCCGGACCGAGAGGGCAGUGAGGUGGCACUGUGUCCCACAGAGCAAAUGGGCACGCCCAGACCCAUACGGGUCAGUAAACGGAGCCGCCUGAAACCACCCCCGCCGCCCCGACGGGACAACCCCCCUGGCGCGGGUUCUGUGGACGUGGUUCCAGGAGCGACGGCACUGUGCACCAGAAGAGUCGGACACUACACACUGGUGGAGAUGAGUGGCGUGGGCCUGCCCUCGUGCAGUGGGGACAACCAGGAGAAAAGGUCAGAGUGGGUCUGAAUAAGAGACAGAAAUAGAAAACAGACCAGUCGAGUAUCUCAACCCUAAGUGUGUACUCUUACAUUAAGGUGAAUUGUUCAUUCAUUGAUUGUUGGUUUUAUAUUCAAAGGCUAAACUUAUGCAAUACCAGCAUCAUUAAGGGCUUUUUAUGCAAGAUGUUUGAUACGGCUCAUCUUCAAAAUUGUUCAGUCAUUGUGGGCCCCCCUGCUGCUCUUCCUAUGUGCAACACUGCUCUCUUUGUUUCAGCAAACAAAGGCAUGCCUUGACCUGUCCUGACCCCACUCAGAGGCCAGGCCACUCAGAGGCCAGCAAUCAUUCUAAAGUCGGGCUGGAGUUAUUCAGCUGGAGGGUUGAGAAAAGCAUGGGGUCAUGGGGUCUAGCAUAGUUGGCCCAGUUAGUCUGUCAUUCCGUUUGCCAUGUAUUAGUCUUACUAGACAUGAUCACUACUGUCACUAUUAGUCAUUCAUACUAUUGUCAAACCAACUGGUUGUCAGACUUUCUUUUACCACUUUGUCACUUGUUACAUCCCAGGAGGACUCACACAUACCCAAGGACAGUCAACCCCGACGCAGAGGAUUAGCAAAUCAAUUACAAGGCAGGACCAAUGCAUGGUAUUUAUGGAAACGACUUUUCACACUAUUUCAAGGUCCUGGGGGCUUCAGGGUUUGAGCUUUGGAGAUAUAUACAAACCCCUUAAAAUAGAGCCUUGUAGAACUGUGUAAUGUGAGACCUCUGCGAUGUCUGAUCUUCCCCCAUCACCACCGUCCGCAACCCUUCUGCCAUGCCAUCAUCAAAUGGCCAUCUCAGCCUCCCUCAAUUGACAUUAGCAGCCCAAUAGGACAGAAAAGUAAACCUAACAAUUCUGCAAGGUUUUGAUUUGAUUGGAGUUCACUAGUGUGUUAAAAAUAAAACCGUACCCCUCUUAAUGCUCUGGAAGCAAUUGAAUUGUGUAGCUGUCACUUUGAGAAAGGGGAAAAGAUGCCCUCUAGUGGUGACUAGUGGUACCGGAUACAUUACAGUUAGGACAGAGUGAGUGUGGAUUGGAUUCAGUCAUGCAGGCUAGGGGGUUUACACUUAAUGCUAAAUAAAAAUGAAAACAAUGAAUUAAAAAAAAAAACUGAAAAAUGUAUUCAAUACAUGCCAACAUAUCAUCAAUACCUUAUGUAUUUGUCAAUGUGUUAAUAUAGGGUUCUAUUUUGAUAUUAACAGCAAAAAAGAACUAGAAUGUAAUUAUCCAGCAGUGAGGUUUUUUAUGUUUUCAUACAACCUUGCAUGCAGUUUAUGUAUAUGCAUAUUAUACACUUGUUCCUGCUUGUAGCCAAAUGAAUGGAGCCGACUGUCUGAGCUGACAACAUGUCAACACAAAGACCAUCUGAGCAAGAUGGAUUCACAUUAAAGGUAGCUCAGUUAGAAAAAGUGUUAAAGGUGUGUAUAAUAGGAUUUUGUCUCAGUGAUGUUUUUCAGAAUAAUGUUUAAAAAAAAUGUGGUUUGUCCUUUUUGCAAAUCUGUGAAUUUUCUGCAAAAUCAAAGAUAUUCUUCCUUUCUAA